AUGGGCAAACAACAAUCUAAGAACGCUGAAGUUGUUAUUGCUCAGCAAGGAUCAGAUAACUCGGCCACUGCCGCUAUUGAGAGAAACAAAAAGGACCUAGAACAAAAACUGAAGCAAGCCCUUCUUGAACUACAGGCGUCUCAAGAAGAAUGCAAGAAGCUUCUAGAAGAACAUGAAGAGAGUGAGGCAGAAAAGGAAAUCACUGAACACAUCAAGGCAACAGAGUCCCUGGUUAUUAAUACGGAACGGCUUGAGUCUCUGGUGCACGACCGAAACCUGGAGCUGGAAACACUCCGCGCCAAAACAAGCAGCGAGUCUAGCGAGGAUUUGCAGCGCGGGGGGUUGGUCGUAAUUUCUGGAGCCUCACCGUCCACUAGCGCCGCAUGUACCACGCUGCGCGAGACCGCUCCGCGAGUGAUGUGCGACACCGCACCGCCCAACAACGAGCCGCCGUGUGCCGCGCUGCCAAGUGUCGCGCCGGCCGGUGAUGUGCCGCCGGGAGCCGAGCCGCGGAGGGUCAGAGUCCGCGGAGCCUCGAGGCGCGGGGCGUCAGCGGCAGUGCCGCCGUCCGCGGCGCAAGCGCCUGCGGCGCCCCCGCCCGCUGCGCCGCCAGGCUUCUCUGAAUAA